CUUAUAAAAGGCCAUCGGAGAAGCGCUAAAUAAAAAAAAUUCUUCUUCAGAUAGUGUCAAUGUUCUUGAAAUUAUUUGUUCAUCGCCAUUACAGCUCUGUUACUUUCUUCACAAAUCCUCCCUCUAAAGAAUCAGAAAUUAUCCAUCUUUGCAGGUCAGGUUUACUCUCUCAAGCUAUAAAGCUUCUCAAAACCACAGAAAAAAUCUCCUCAAAACCAAUCGUAUAUGCUACAUUGAUACAGACAUGUACUAAAUCUCACUCAUUCAAUCAUGGGGUUCAAUUCCAUACCCAUGUCAUCAAAACUGGGCUCGAAACGGAUCGUUUCGUUGGGAACAGCUUACUUGCUCUCUACUUCAAAUUGGGUUCAAAAUUUCUUGAAACUCGGAGGUUCUUUGAUGGAAUGGUGUAUAAGGAUGCUGUUGCUUGGUCUUCGAUGAUAACGGGGUAUGUUCGUAUUGGGAAGCCUAAGAUUUCACUGGAAUUGUAUGGGGAAAUGAUUGAUUUGGGUUUUGAGCCAAAUGGGUUCACUUUGUCUGCUGUGAUUAAAGCUUGUUCUGAGAUUGGGAAGUUGAAAUUAGGGAGUGGAUUUCAUGGGGUUGUGAUUAGCCGGGGAUUUGAAGAGAAUAAUGUGAUUGUGAGUGCGUUAAUUGAUAUGUAUGGUAAGAAUUAUGCAUCAGGAGAUGCACUUAAGCUGUUUGAUGAAUUGCCUGAACCAGAUGCUGUUUGUUGGACUUCAGUUAUUUCCGCUCUCACGAGGAACGAUUUGCACGAGGAGGCUUUGGGGUUCUUUUAUACAAUGCAUAGGAAGAAUGGGUUGGCCCCGGAUUUGUUUACGUUUGGAAGUGUGCUGACUGCAUUGGGUAAUUCUGGUAGGACGAGGCAAGGUAGAGAGGUUCAUGCUAAGAUUGUGACUGCUGGUCUUUGCGGGAACGUGGUUGUCGAUAGUAGUUUAGUGGAUAUGUAUGCAAAAUGUGGGGUGAUUGAUGAGUCUCAGCAUGUUUUUGACCGAAUGGAUAAGAGGAAUUCUGUUUCGUGGUGUGCGUUAAUGGGUGGCUACUGCCAAAAGGGUGAGUUUGACAUUGUUAUUGAGCUCUUUAGGAUGAUGGGGGAGGUUGAUCUUUACAGCUUUGGGACUGUUCUUCGUGCCUGUGCAGGGUUGGCAGCGUUGAAGUCAGGGAAGGAAGUUCACUGCCAGUAUUUGAGGAGAGGUGGCUGGAGUGAUGUUAUCGUGGAAUCAGCUCUAGUUGAUCUCUAUGCAAAAUGUGGCUUUGAUAAUUAUGCCUAUGUGAUAUUUCGCCAAAUGAAUGUUAGGAACUCGGUUACCUGGAACUCAAUGAUAUCUGGAUUUGCUCAGAAUGGGAAAGGUGCAGAAGCUAUUGCAGUAUUUGAGGAGAUGAUUAGUGAAGGGGUUAAGCCAGAUUAUAUCAGCUUUAUUGCGGUUCUUUUUGCUUGUAGUCAUAGCGGUAUGGUUGAUGAAGGGCGAAAGUAUUAUCUCUCAAUGAUUAAUGAGUAUGGUAUCAAAGCUCAUAUCGAGCAUUAUAGUUGCAUGGUUGAUCUUCUAGGUCGGGUUGGAGAGGUAGAAGAAGCUGAAAGCUUGAUUCUAGGUGCGGAAUUCAGAAACGAUGCUUCCCUUUGGGCUACCCUACUUGGUGCUUGUACUAGCAGUACAAAUCCUACUGUUGCAGAGCGAAUUGCAAAGAAAAUGAUGGAACUAAAUCCUGAUUAUCAUUUAAGUUAUGUUCUUCUAGCUAAUGUGUACAGAGCAGUAGGCCGGUGGGCUGAUGCUCUUGAGAUUCGGCGACAGAUGCAAGAAAAAAGAGUGAAUAAGAUAACCGGGAAGAGCUGGAUUUAAACAAAUACUGACAAGCCUUUUCAGUAAAGAGCUCUAUCAGGACACCUCUACAAAGAAACAUUCCUGCAAAAUGCUCAAGCUGACAAUGCAGAUACAUAGCUCAUAGCACAUUUAUCAAUUUUGUUCCUGUCAGGGUGACCCUUGUUUCGAGAUGCAACUUGUAUUCCUCUCGUGUAUGGGUGAUCCUUGUUUCGAGAUGCAACUUGUAUUCCUCUCAUGUAUGGGUGACCCUUGCUUCGAGAUGCAACUUGUAUUCCUCUCGUGUAUGGGUGACCCUUGCUUCGAGAUGCAACUUGUAUUCCUCUUGUGUAUGGGUGAUCCUUGCUUCGAGAUGCAACUUGUAUUCCUCUCAUGUAUGGGUGACCCUUGUUUCGAGAUGCAACUUGUAUUCCUCUCGUGUAUGGGUGACCCUUGUUUCGAGAU